AUGUCCACAAUAACAAAGCUUAAUAUCACACAAAUUGAAGAUGGAAGAUCAAACUCCAAAUCAACUAAAACACCAUUGUCUCUGUCAUCCGAUUUAAUCAUUAAUGCAACAAAUUGUUUAUCACCUACAACUGAUUUGCAUGGUCGUACUUAUAAGGAUCUGAUUCCAUACUCCAGUGAUAUGAAUAUUACAAAAACAUUUCUACAAGCUAUACUCAAUAUGAUUUUGAAGUAUAUUGAAGAAUUAAAUGAUCAUGAAUCACCGGUAAUUAAAAAUGGUCUUCGAACACCAAACGAAUAUCGUCAAAUAUUCAACUUUGAUAUUGAUCAAAAAGGUGUUGAUUUGAAUGAAAUAUUGUACAAUACGGAACAAAUACUGCAGACAUCAGUUCGAUCAGGACAUCCUCGAUUUAUAAAUCAACUUAGUCAAGGCUUAGAUAUGUUAUCAUUAGCGGCAGAGAUAAUUACAUCAACUACUAAUUCAAACAUGUUUACGUACGAGGUUGCACCAGUGUAUAAUUGCAUGGAAGAAACUGUUUUACGUUAUAUGCGCGAAUUAUGUGGUUGGAAAAAUGGUGAUGGUGUUUUAGCACCAGGUGGUGCCGUUUCAAACCUGUAUGCUGUUUUAACUGCAAGACAUUAUGCUUAUCCUGAUAUUAAACAACGUGGAGUAAUGAAUAGUCCUAGAACAGUGAUGAUAAUUUCCAAACAUUGUCACUAUUCUUUGAAACGAGCAGCAGCAUUGAUUGGUCUGGGUAUUGAUCAUGUUAUCGAAGUCAAUCCGGAUCAAACGGGACGAGUAAGAGGUCAAGAUAUUGAAAAUCAAAUAUGUAUUGCUCAACAACAAGGAUUAAAAGUAUUUUUUGUUGGAAUUACAGCUGGUACUACGGUCUUGGGAGCUUUUGAUCCAAUUGAUGAAAUUGCACAAAUUUGUCAAAAAUAUAAUAUAUGGCUUCAUGUUGAUGGGGCUUGGGGAGGUAGUGCUCUUUUAUCUUCAAAAACAAAACAUUUACUAAAUGGUUUAAAUAAAGUAGACUCGUUUACGUGGAAUCCUCAUAAAUUAAUGUCCGUUCAUUUACAAUGUUCAGCAAUACUUUUCAAUCAUCCCAAUAUAUUGAUGAAUGUCAAUGAAAUGUCGGCUGGUUAUUUAUUUCAACCAGAUAAACAUUAUGAAAUAACUCUUGAUACCGGUGAUAAAACCAUACAAUGUGGUCGACAUGUUGAUGUUCUUAAAUUAUGGUUAGCUUGGAAAGGAAAAGGGAUUGAUGGAUAUGCUGAACAUGUUGAAACAUUAUUAGAAAAUGCAAGAUUUCUGUAUGAAAAAGUUAAAUCGAAAGCACCAUAUUUUUUAACAUUAAUGGAUCCACCAUUUAUUAAUGUUUGCUUCUGGUAUAUUCCACCAAGUCUUCAAAAUAUCGAUUCAACAUCACUGGAGUACUACAAUCGUUUAGACAAAAUUGCACCAAAAAUUAAAGAGCGAAUGAUGACAAGUGGUGUAAUGAUGGUUGGAUAUCAACGUUUAGAUCAUUAUCCAAAUUUUUUUCGAGCAAUUGUUUCGAAUCCUGCAACAACUAAACAUGAUAUUGAAAUAAUGAUUGAACAAAUACAUAUGUUUGGAAAAGAUCUUUAA